AUGUCUGACACCGGUAGAAAAUCUUUCACUGACAAGGCCCAAGAGGCCAUGAAGCCCGAGUCUGAGAAAUCGUACUUGGAGAAGGCCAAGGAGGGUGUCACCAAUGCUGUGGAUGGUUUCGCAGCCAAGAACGUUCCUGACUCCGAGAAGUCUUUUGGUCAAACCGUGGCUGACAAUGCCAAACAAGGCAAGGACGACGCGAAAGACUCCGUGGACCAACAAGGCGCCACUAUUGGCGAGACUGCACAAGAGUACGUGGCAGUUGCCAAGGAACAAGUUGCCAAUGCUGCCAACUACGUCUCUGGAGUUGUCACCGGUGCUACGGAAGGUGCCAAGCAGGUGGACUCCGAGAAGAAGUAA